CGAUAUUCCGACCCGUCUGGAACCCUUCUGAAAAGUGAAAACUAUCAGGACGUCAGCUUUAAUCCUGCAAAUUUCUUGCCCUAGCCGUAAUUAAAAUUGACACGAGAUAGCAGAAUCAAUAAAGCGAAAAGAAGACCACACAAAGGGACCCAUAGCAGAGAAUAACCAAUCUGCAACAAUGGGGAAGAAAGCCGGCGGUGGAGGUGGAGGAGCUGAGGGCGAAAACAAGGAGAAAGAAGGCCAGAAUCUCCUCGGCGCUCCCACUUUCAAGGAAAUUGAAAAUGGCCGCUUCAAAUGUGUUGAAACCGGUCACGAGCUUCCCGCCCAUGCCAGAGACUCUUACUCUCAGAGUAAACACUGCCGUUUGGGCCUCAUCGACGCUGCUCUCGCCAAUAACAAACCGCCUCUCAACAUGUUCCGCCAAGAUCCUCAGUCUAGUUCGAAGCUAAUCUGCAAGUUAACAGGAUUCGCCAUCAAUAAAACGGAAGAGCAUAUUUGGAAGCAUAUCAAUGGCAAACGUUUCCUCCAUAUGCUUGAGAGGAUGGAAACAGGAAAGGGUAUGCCAAAUGGGACGGAGGAACAUCCUGAGCAGAAGGAAGGAAAGAAAAAGAAGAUUAAGGAUGUUAAAAAGAAAAAGAAUAAGAAAGAGGAUAAACCUGUUUGUGAAGUUAUAUCUGAAGUGCGGGAUAUUUCUGUGAAAGACAGUGAUUCGGAGGCAGGAGAUGAUUUCUGGAUGCCUCCAGCAGGAGAACGUUGGGACAAUGAUGAUGGAGGUGAUCGAUGGGGCUCUGAUACCGAGUCGGGUGCAGAAAGUGACGGGGAUGACAUAGAAGAAACCGAAGAAGUUAAGCAGGAAGCUGGGGAGCUUUCCAGCCGGUAUGCUAUCCUUCUUGUUUUUGAUUUGUUAGUGUCUUGCAAGUUUGCAUAGGUCAAUAGCCAAAUGACAGAAGUGUUCCUUAAUUCCUCAAGUAAAAUGUUUGGAGGAGAAGAGCUUUUAUCAAACAGGGGAGUGCAUGUUGUUUGUACCUUUACAUGCAGUGAAAUCUGGCAUCAUUUCUUGAGAUGUGGUUACGGCAUCCUUAGAUCUCAUGGUUAUAUUCUUUUUAGGACUAAGCGAAUGUCCCUGGAAGUAGGACCGAGUAGCUUUGCCUCGAGAAAGAAGAAGAAGAAGACUGAAGCCUCUUGAUAAGAGCUGGCUCAUGGUUAUUCUUUUCAGGACUAAGCGUAUGUCCCUGGAAGUAGGACCGAGUAGCUUUGUCUCGAGAAAGAAGAAGAAGAAGACUGAAGCCUCUUUAUAAGAGCAGGCUUUGCCCAGUUUUGAUCCUACUGCUAGUUUUUUGGAGCGUAAUUUAAUUUAUGAUUCAUUUAAACUAGCAAUACUUCUAUAGCAGACGCCAUUAAAGACUUUUUGUUUUCUUGAAAUCUUAAAGGAAACCGAGGUGAGAGUAACCCUCUCAUUUCCUCAUGUAAUGUUGUUUAUCUGGUGUAAUUGCCAAGUUGUGCGAGUUAAGCAUUUCGUUCAGGGACAUGAUAAAUGAACAGUGCUAUUACAGCAAAGAUAACAGUUAACCAAAUGCAC